AUGGCUCUACUGAUACAGUCCUCCUGCUCCCUCCUACAACCCUCCUGUCCAUCCUACAACGCCCCUGCACCCGCUCCUGUGGGACCAGCACGGUACGACUUCAACUACGCCGUGAAAGACGACUACUCCGGCAACGACUUCGGUCACCAGGAGGCCCGUGACGGAUACGACACUCAGGGCACCUACUACGUCCAGCUCCCCGACGGCCGCCUGCAGACAGUCACCUACAACGUGAACGGCGACUCUGGCUUCCUGGCUGAUGUGGCUUAUCAGGGAGAGGCUCAGUACCCCGCCCAGCAGCCUUCAAGAUCCUACCAGCCUGCUCCCUCCCCAUCCUACCAGCCUGCCCCGACCCCUGCCUACGGUUAA